UUUGUGCACUCCGGGAGAUUAGAAUGAAGGUAGACAUACUGUGUGCUUCAAUAAAUCCAUUCCAGUAUUUAUCAGAAACCCUAGUGGACUGUCCGUUGCUGUGUGGAUCUGGCGAGGAGAAAUCGAGAGAUGCGGUUCGUGGAUUCAUCAGUUUCGCUUCUCGCCACUUGCGGCGGCGACACCGUCAAGCUCUUCGACGUCACGGUGGAUGCCGGCGAUCCCUGCACCCUCAGCUACACGCCUUCCCCCGGAUCUCAAAUCAACUCCGUCAAGUGGAACCACACCAACCUAGUGGUUGCUAGUGCUGGUGACGAUAAAAAGAUAUCACUUUGGAAUAAAAAUGGCCAAAGUAUGGGAUCCUUUCCUUCUCACGGCAGCGACCUUGCUGAUGACAUUGAGGAAUCCAUAAAUUGUAUCAGCUUUAGUAAUAAAAGUUCUAGAUAUCUUUGCUCUGGAGGAAGUGGGCAUAUUGUCAAAAUAUGGGACCUGCAGAGGAAAAGGUGCAUCAAACGGUUGAGUGGUCAUACUGACACAAUUACAGGUGUAAUGUACAACUGCAAAGAUGAACAUUUAGCAUCCAUCAACGAGAAGGGGGAUCUCAUACUUCAUUAUCUUGCUUCCGGAACACGGGCUGAACUCAAGGAUCCAAAUGGGCAGGUACUAAGAGUACUUGAUUAUUCUCGAUUUAGUCGACAUCUUUUGUCAACAGCUGGGGAUGAUGGAUCUGUUCAUAUUUGGGAUACAACUGGUCGCAGACCAAAGGUUUCUUGGUUGAAACAGCAUUCUGCCCCAACAACUGGUAUUUGCUUCUCUCCAUCAAGUGACAAGAUUAUUGUUACAGUUGGUCUUGAUAAAAAGUUGUAUAUGUUUGAUUCUGGAACAAAAAGACCCUCAUAUUGCAUGCCUUUUGAGGCACCCUUCUCAUCGCUGGCAUACUGUGAUGAUGGUAAUCUAUUGGCUGCUGGGACAAAUAAUGGACGUGUAGUAUUCUAUGAUGUUCGAGGGAAACCUCAACCUUUCACAGUUCUUCGUGCAUACAGUAGUUCAGAGGCAAUCAUAAACCUGUGUUGGCAACGGACAAAGCCAGUUGUUGUAAAUGAAAAAAAUUGUACUGCUGAAACUGCUCUUCUGGGGGGCAGUAGUGAAGAUUCUGUGCUUAUGCCAGAUCCCUUGCCUUCUGUUGCAGUGUCUAAGUUUUCAUCCACAUCGGUACUGCCUAGCCUACGUGCUUCAAAUAUCAGUGGAUCAUCAAUUUCAAUUACAUCAAACAUAUCCACAGCUGAUGAAACUCCUCAUAGAAGUCGCUUAUGGCCAGGUGGAACACUGCCAAAGCUACAUGCACGGUCUAGUUAUGAUUCAAAAGAUGACAUGGAUGUUUUUUCUCCACUGGUUGAUGUCCAGCCAAUUACAUCAUCACUUGGUAGUUGGUGGAAUGAUAAUGAUGAAAUGAAAAAAGACCAAACAUUUGUUGAUAAAAAGUCGACAUUAUUUUCAUCCUCAAGGAGAUAUCCAUUACCCGAUGGGACCACUGAUUCACAUCCAAUUUCAGAUUGGAGAUCUAUUGCAACCUCAAGACAGGAUGACAACUCGCCUAUUCAACCACUGGCUGCAAAAAAUUUCACACAAACAAAGAGUGAGAUAUUCAUUCCUCAACCUCCUGGGAACACAUUGCCGGACAAAUCAACCAGCAUCCGCCAACCAAUUUCAUCAUCUCGUUUCUUGCCUCCUGUAUCAUUUGACUCUGGGGCCAUCUCUGCAGGCCCAUAUGAUUCAUCUUCAUCUCUUAAUGCCUCCAAGAACUCUUUGAUUAGUCCUGCAUUAAAUUCCUUGGAUCUUCAAAACAAAAUCUUCAAUGAUUCUGGUUCAGCAUCAUUGGAACCUUCAUCUGUUUACGGUCAUCCUUCUACCAUCAUCUCCUCAGGGGCUAAAACAAUAGGAUCGUUAGCUAACCCUGAUUUCUCAGGAACUGUAUUCUCAGGUCUUCCACGAAGACACUUGACUAGUUCUGAGAGAACAAGCACCAGUUCCGUCUUUAGUGACAGUGUGGUAUCAGCUAUCAGUUCACCCAAAUCAAAAAAAACUGGGCAAGAAACCAAGGAAGAAUUGGUGAAUAGCCUAUUGUCAAGACAAGAUGCAUCUGCAUCAGUCGGUUUAGCAUCAGGGAGUUUGCAGGCAUCUAAUGUAGCGAUGCAUCAACCUUCAUGGUCAUCAGGUCACUCAGAUCAACAAAUUGGGGCUUCAUUUUCUCUUCAACUAGCCCAACGCACUCUUGAAGAGACUUUGGAAUCAGCACAAAAUCCCAUGCUUGAAGCUGUGAGAAAUGUUCACAUAGAGAUCCUUAGACAAUUCCACAUGCAGGAGAUGCAAAUGUUCGAGCUACAUAAAACAGUUUUAGAAAAGCUGGAGGAACUGAUGAAAGAAGUGCAGUCGUUGCGCAGGGACAACCAACAGCUCCGCUAAAGUAUUUAGCGGAGUUUCUAUGAUCUUGCUCCUUAGUUGUUCUUUUCUUUCUAAUGCUACCGGCAAAUUGAAUUGGCUUUUCUCAGCUUCCAUUUAACUUGUACCAGAUUGAUGCACAUGCUCCACACUAGAAUCUGGAUUCUGCUCAUGUGAGGCGACUAUACCAAGGGAAAGCACCCUUUGCCUUCUCACUCAACCCCGUCUUUCUCACUUCAAGUGUCAUUACAUUUUCGAAGAUUAUAACCAAGAGCAUUACUACUGUUGGUCGACCCAGAAUUCAGCAACAUAUGUGAAUAUAGCUAAGAUCGAUGUCGCAAGGAACAAGCUUUCCAUGGUGCAGAACGUUCCAGUUUUCUGGAUGAGCCAAGGAUGAAGUUUAUGUGAUCAGGGUAUAUAUAUAUUUAUAUAUUUGUGAGCAAUCUUUUGUUCGACUACAACCCUUUUAUUUUACUAAUCGUUUAUCGUAUUUUA